UCAAAACGAACUCCUACCAUUCCUCGCUCACAUCCUUGCGACUGGAUACAGCAUCCUUGCCAUCCUUGGCAUCUCUGCGGUACAGAGCGAUGGUAUCGCUACCAUCUUCUCCCUCCUCACAUCGGGAUGCCGCCUUGCAACCCGCAGAGCCCAGCUCGAGUCGCUCCGAUGGCUCCCCUCUGCAACCUACCUCGGCCAGACCGCCCUCAUCCGCUCCUGCACUGCGCAGCAAGGCCUCUUCCUCCUCUCUUCUGGCUCGAUCGGUAGCCUCUUUGACUUCCACCAUCUCCCGCCCCACGACGCCAUCCUUGCCGAACAGCGCGGGGAGACCAGGGAGUACCACCAGGCCGAUGGCGGGACCGAUGCCAAAGGCGGGCGUGUCAGCUGCUGUGUCUCCUGCUUCGGUCAGCGUCAGCGAACACCGUGAAGAUCAUAAUUGGAAGUCGGCGCAGGCUCGAAAGGCGGAAAGAGAGUGGGGCAGGCAAAGUGAGAAGGCCCUGCUGUCUGAUGCUCGCUAUCGCAAGUAUACAUCCCUCGUGGAUAGAGCUCUAGCAUCCUUCGAUUCCGUUGCUGAGUGGGCAGACUUUGUGGGAGCAUUGGGCAGGUUAGAGAAGAUCUUCUCUGCGCCUCCGCCCGUACCUACCUCCCUCAUCCCGCGCUCCCUUCUCCUCUCCAAGCGACUCUCUCAGUGCCUGAAUCCAGCACUACCUUCCGGCGUUCACCACAGAGCUCUAGCUGUGUAUCGUCAAAUCUUCAUCCUCCUGUCCCUUGACGGCCUGCGUCGCGAUCUUUCGAUAUGGACUCCUGGACUGCUUCCGUUCUUCGAGCGUGCAAACACCUCAACGCGGCCAGUGGUCCUCUCGCUCUUGGAGGAGUUCUAUCUUCCUCUACAAGAAGAUCUGAAACCUACAUGUCGAGCCUUUGUACUUGCAGUACUGCCAGGUCUCGAGGAAGAGGGGGCUGAGAACUUCGAUCGCACAUUACGACUCUUGGAUUCUCUGCAGCAGCGUGUAGGGGAGGACCUCUUCUGGAGUGCUCUGUGGGCGGUCAUUGUUGGAAACGCUAAUGUGCGACAAGCUGCUAUCAACUUCCUGGUCAAACGGAGUCCUCCCUCAAGGGGACUUUCCGGCCUUGCACGUCCACCUGUCCGUCUCGCUGGCUUACCUAUGGCGGUGUCAUCUCUGUUGACCUCUCAAGAUCUCCUGAUAGUCCGCGGUGGAUUGGACCUUCUGAUACAGCAUCUAUAUCUUGACUCGCAUCUUUAUGCGAUACUUCCUGAGGAAGAGCAGACCAGGGUGAUGAGGAGCGCAGUCACGAUACUACUGAGGAGAGAAUUGAGCCUUAACCGGCGACUAUGGGGAUGGUUGUGUGGGACUACCUCUAAUCCUCAAGACCUAAGAUCAGAAGAGGAGGAGAAGGAGGUGGCAUACUUCGAGACAUAUGGUCUUCAAAUACUAAGGCGAGCACUGCUCGAGGACAUGGUCUCACAGGGGCCCGUAGCUCUCUCGAGCGGCCCACCCCCAUUGACUCCUCACAAGCUACCAGCCUCUGCAGAAGAGCUGUCCAGUCGCCAGAGACCCUAUCGUAUCUUUCUCUCGCUAUUAGACAAGUGGGCAGUAGGCGCAGGCUUGACGACUGCAUUGGCGCUGGACUCGCUCAGAGCUCUGCGGUGGCAAGUAGAGGACCUCAAGGGCGGAGACUCGGCACAGCUCCAAGCCAGCGAGCUUCUCACAACGGCAGGGACUUUAUUCGAUGCCUUUGACAAGGCGAUCCUCGCCCGCAGCCUGAUUGCGGAAUUGCAGGUCGAAUUGAGUCAGGACCCAUUGGACGGGACGUCGAUUUUGCAAGCACCUCUUUUGUUGGACUCGUCAAGUGAUACAGCAACUACAACUGCCCUGAAGGCGAUCGAAGCGCCUGCUACUUUGCUCCUUGAAUUUGUUCUCACCCACUUUACUUUCAAGGACGACGACUCAAAGACAGUGCAUCUGCCUAAUCUAGCAGUGGCUUUGCUCGCACUCGUAGCAAGGGCAAUCACUUCCGAUGCGAAAGCGAUCGAGUGUCUCUCACGCUCCAUCGACCUCUGUAGACUGCUGUUCUCCUACUCUAUACCGCGCACUACACAUGUGGCAGCGAACGGCAGCUUAGAACCCGCGGGAUAUCCAAUGUCUGCUUCUGGUCUCCUCGACAAGAUUCGCAACUUCUACGCGGCUUCGGUCUCGAAUGACGCUGAACGACUUCGCGCCCCAAUCGACCUCUACGCUGUCCAAGAUCAAUCAAGCUUACUGUUGCUCACCUUGGAAGUAGCCAUUGCAGCCCUUCGAGCCGGCGGAAUGUCUAGGCUAGUCAUACCGUCUUGCAGGCUGCUGACUGGUCAGAUUCAGAGGCUCGAAUUUAUGGAAGGCUCGGAACGUGUUCAUUGGCAGCCUCAAGCCUGGCUAGAAUUGGUGAUAGUACGUCUCUCAUCCUCUGACCUUCUGUUUCCAGACCUGGAGGCAGUCGUCACUACGCUGCUGGCAGCUGCGACGUGUGGAGGGCUAGACAAGCGCAUAAGACUUGCUCAAUAUCCGUCUUCGGGAUCAGACAUUUCGGCUCUCCUGAUCAUUGAUCGAUUGACCCAAGCUAUGGGACGAAAUCGCCCGCCGUCCGAAGCUGCUGUCGCUACGCAACUCGUAUGGCAGGUGAAUGACGUCUGCGAGGUCGGACUGUUACCGGGGCGUAUCGUUGCAGGCUUCCUUAAAGCGCCGUCUUCGCCAGGCUUCGUCUCUAGCUCCGAAGGAUUUGCGAGCAUCUGGAGAUUCAGCGAUGAUCAUCGCUUGCAGUCGGGCGCUCUGAGUUCCCCGCUAUUUUGCUUGUUGGACAUGCUCAGCAGCGACGAAUACGAUCGUCGUCAGGCCGCAGAGUCGUGGCUACGGUCGCAUCUUCGAUCGUACACACCUCUCCUGGUACUGCUGUAUUCAUCGAUCAUCUCUGCAGGAGCAAUCAAGGUACGAAGGACUGUGAACCGAAUCUCUUGCGCAAGCGACUUGGUAGUAGAGGAUCUUGCAUACCAAGACAGGCUUGACCACGAAGUACUCAAUCACACUCUCGCUAGAUUAGCUGCAGUGGCUCGAUAUGGCGCCUCUGGUUUCAUCAGAGGCGCCAAGGCAUCGGUGAUCACUGGAACAAACGCCCUUCGAACCCACCUCGACGGCUUUAUCGAUGUCGCUGUGCUCUCACUACGAACGGGUGGGCAUUCAGGAUCUCCCUCGUCGCCGCUCUUCAGGUCUCUUAAUGCUGCUACCCACAGUGUAUGCAUCGACUUCCUGCAGACGCUUGCUGCACGCAGCGGACUGGCUCCGGAACGACUGGCACAAGUUGAAGAAUGUCUGAUCAAUCGACUGCUUGUGAGCAUCGCAAGGCACGAAGCCAAUGACCAUCACAAGCUGCUCCUCAUCCUGCACACUGUCAUCGCUGGAAAGGCCAGUGCCAACAAUUCAACAAAGCCGCAUCCACAUCUCCUGCCGACGGUCGAUGCUGCUAUCGGUACUGAUUCUACACGGCCAAGCUUGGCCCAUUGGGUCGAUUUCAUAGUGAUGACUGCAGGCAUCUACCGUCAAGCAGUGGACGCCUUCCUGAUACCCCUUGGAGGAUGCAUCUGCAACCAUUUGCGCAAGCCAGGACGAUGGAUCGACACGGAAGAGUUGCUACUGCUCAAUGCUCUUGAGAAGGUGGCCAUGCUGGGACUAAGUGCAGGCAAGCUUGGCGGAAUUCCACCUGGGCGUGCAGAACACGAGUCCGUAGGAGAUGCUGUCUACAACAGUCCGAGUAUAGCUCUACCGCUUCCGGUUGCGACAGCCAAAAGCGAGAUCGGCAGCUCAGGAACUGGCAUCGAUGACGGGAGUAGCCUCCAGCAGCAGCAAGCCUCGCGACCCGAGGACCAUCAGUCGGCCGGCUCGGGACUAUUAGGGUAUGUCUCUGGUAUCUUUGGUGGUGAUGGUCAUGCUUCGCCGCUCUACUCAGGUGACCAUGUCGCGAAGACGACUAGCAAAGCUCUGGAAGCUUUGCAACUGGUAGUCACAACCCUGCACGACAUCUGGACAGGCACCGCUGUGAACGACAAGGUUAAGACAAGAGCUUCGCGGAUGCUUGAGAGGCUCUACAGGGCGCACUCCGAUGGUGUAGCUGAGACUCUUGUGGAUUGUUGGCGGGUGCGAAGGCAAGACAACCAAGACGGAUCUCCUUCGAUGGAACUCCUUGACCAACUUGUCCCUAGCCCUCAGAUCGUCGUGACCUUUCUCUGCGAUACGGUCUCCUCUCGCUUGCCAGCACCAGGCUCUGCACGUCCGACGUGGACACCCGAUCAGAUCGUGACAGCCGACACUCUCCUGUCGUAUAUCGAGGCCUAUCUGUCGCACAUGUCCCCUGGAGGAGCAGCAGGAGUCUGCCCAGUCGUGCUCGUACUCGUCAAGGACUUGUUGGCGAAUAGUGCCGCCCACAAAGGGCAUCUGUUUCCUGCCCUUCGAUGCUUUACAGUCCUGGCAGAGCGCUUGAUUGGCAACAGCGCAUGGGAGGGAGACAAGAAGGCAAGGAGGGAUCUGCAAGAAACGCACCUCCGGCUCUUCGAUCUCUGUGUCCUGAUUGCUGGAAGGGAAGCGAGGGAUCAUGCUGGAGAGACCAUGGAUGAGAAGACUAAUGCCCAGGUUCCCCACGCCUCCCGCGAUAUUGCUACUUACCUUGCUGAAUAUGCCUUGCCGACCCUCCGGAAACUAGCGUCUAACGACCCCGAGAGGGUUGCAACAUCUGCAUCGAAUGCCGUAUACUACAUCAUCGCCCCGCCUUUGAAGACAAAGGCUCGCUCCUUUGAAGGUAGCGUAGACUCAACAGUCUUGGCGUUGGCAACAGAGGUCUCCAAGAUAUCCGGCGCUCGCAAAGCCUUGCGGUCUUGUCUGCUCGAUGCCUUUCUCGAUGCUAGGUUCUUCCAGAUGUCUGCCGAGUCUGGACAGAGCUGGUGUGAGCCUAUAUUGGUGACUUGCUACUCUCAGGACAAGGGAUCUUUCCUCGAGCUCAUCUCGCGUAUCAGUGUGACAACGUCAACAAACAUGAACAUCUUUGCCAACAGGAGGACGGAGCAUAUCGGCAAAGCGAUGAACAUUCGUAGGCUGUCUUUCGUCUUGUACGCGGCUGGGCACGAGCACUUUCUACCUCAAUUGCCGGCUAUUCUUGAAAAGCUGGUCGAGAUCUUAAGAGGAGGUGUGGAAGCUGGUGCGGGAGGCGGAGGAGGAGGUGGUGGUGGUGGGAGUGGUGGGGUGGAAGGAAACGGCUUAGACCUACUCAGAGCGGAAGCGUACCUCUGCCUCAGAGUGAUGCUCUGUCGAUUCAAUUCUCAGCAUCUAGCGACCUUGUGGCCCCUGUUGAUCACUGAAUUGAUGCGGCUCUUCGAGAGCACCAUCGAGGAGCCACCUUCCGAUGAUGAGACUGAUCUAUUACAAGUAGUCUUAGGGGCAUGCAAAUUCCUCGAUCUGUUGCUCACUCUAGAGACAGAUGGCUUCCAACUCCAUCAAUGGAUCUUCGUUGAUGACGUUGCUCUAGGCAGCGACGAAUCGAUGGAGGCGCCUCUGCUGCCUCGCCUUGCAGCUACAAUCGAAGAACGGCGGGCAAAGUCAUCGUCGGUGUCUUCUCGUCUUCUCGUAUUGCCUGACGAUGUACAGCAGCCGCGGCCCAACGAAAGAUUGGCAACAACCCCAACCUCCGCCAUUCCUUCUCCUACUCGGGGGCGUUGUCCCCACAUGCUCUCACUCCGGCAGAUUGGAUCCUUGGCUGAUUUGCUUCCGGCACUCCGGAGCCUCUCCUCGAGCAGUUCUUCUCGAGUCUACACUGCUGCCACAGCAUGGGGAGAGGUGGAGCAUGAUCUCGUGAAAGACAUGUUCUCCGACGCGAGGUGAUCAAAGUCCCGAAGUUCCGAGUGACGUAUAUUCGGCACACGGCAGGCUUACCUUGCACAUGUACAAUGCGAACCCUCCUCGCCAAUCGAUAGGCGUUACAAUCCUGGCGUGAUACUCCGAUGUGCGCUCCUUCAUCGCGGCCCGACAGGCUUCACGCCCAGCCCGGGUGUACUUGUAAGCUGUGAACCUCCGAUGGACAUAUCAGAUCACCGGGCUGUACAUGGACCCCCGCCCCCCCCCUUGCCUUGCUCACGCGGGCGCCACAUACCUUUUCGUUCGGAGCUAGUAUACAGUGCAGGGGUACCAUGGGCUCAAAAGGAGGGGGCAAGAGAAAGCAUUUAUGUGCCUAAACCUUACGAUCCCGACUGAUUCCCAACGCAAAGUCAGCCGUAAAGGAUUGCUGACGUCUCCGCUCGCCUGCAAGGUAUGAUUUAGCGAGAGCGAACACCCUUCACUGUGGAGCUCUGCUCUUCCUCCCCCCCACG